CCCCCUUCGGCGCGAGCAAGCGUGAAGCAACAAAGGGACGAUCGGCUAUAUAUUAGCUGGUCGGUAGCCAGUGCGGCUCAUUCCCUAUUCGGACGCGGCGACGAACAGAAGAUAGAGAAAGGCGAGCAGGCUUAUUGGUAUUCGGACGUGAAGAAGAGCAGAGCAGCAGCCACCCCGGCUGAUUCCCACCCUUCGGCGCGAGCAAGCGUGAAGCAACACAAGGACGAUCGGCUAUAUAUUAGCUGGUCGGUAGCCAGUCCGGCUUAUUCCCUAUUCGGACGCGGCGACGAACACAUCGAGCAGAGCAGCAGCCACCCCGGGUGAUUCCCACCCUUCGGCGCGAGCAAGCGUGAAGCAACAAAGGGACGAUCGGCUAUAUAUUAGCUGGUCGGUAGCCAGUGCGGCUCAUUCCCUAUUCGGACGCGGCGACGAACACAUCGAGCAGAGCAGCAGCCACCCCGGGUGAUUCCCACCCCCACCCUUCGGCGCGAGCAAGCGUGAAGCAACAAAGGGACGAUCGGCUAUAUAUUAGCUGGUCGGUAGCCAGUGCGGCUCAUUCCCUAUUCGGACGCGGCGACGAACAGAAGAUAGAGAAAGGCGAGCAGGCUUAUUGGUAUUCGGACGUGAAGAAGAGCAGAGCAGCAGCCACCUUGGCUGAUUCCCACCCUUCGGCGCGAGCAAGCGUGAAGCAACACAAGGACGAUCGGCUAUAUAUUAACUGGUCGGUAGCCAGUCCGGCUUAUUCCCUAUUCGGACGCGGUGACGAACAGAAGAUAGAGAAAGACGAGCAGGCUUAUUGGUAUUCGGACGCGAAGAAGAGCAGAGCAGCAGCCAUCCCGGGUGGUUCCCACCCUUCGGCGCGAGUAAGUGUUAAGCGACAAAGGGUCGAUCGGCUAUAUAUUAGCUGGUCGGUAGCCAGUCCGGCUCAUUCCCUAUUUGGACGCGGCGACGAACACAUCGAGCAGUGCAGCAGUCACCCUGAGGAACAAUGAACACAGAUAAAGUUAUGGCCACCAGUCACGACAAUGGCGCAGUCGGUGGCGAUAAGCUUCUCGAGAAAAGGUGAGUUAAGAUAAUUGACAGCAAGACGCUUGUUUUGUUUGAACUUUUGAUGGAAGAAAGGAAUUCAUUGGUAGAGGAAUGAAGAAUUAUGGACUCUCAUUGGAAAGGGAGAGAUAGCGAUAGAUAUCAUCAAAACAAACUCUUAAAGAAAUGGAGGAAGCUGAAUAGUUGAUAAGCAUAGGUGAACUCUUAUAGGAAUGGAAGAGUGUCACGUGUAAAGAUGAUUCAUCUAUCAUAGGAAAGGAAAAGAUAGCUAUUCAUGAGAAGCGAUUUCAAAGGAAGAUAACUCUUAUAGAAAAGGAAGAGUGUCACGUGUAAAGAUGAUUGAUCUCUCAUAGGAAAGGGAGAGAUAUAGUUCGUGUAGAGUAAUUCCAAUAGAAGUAAAGGCAACUCUUAAAUGAAAGAAACAGAGUCACAUGUAAAGAUGAUUGAUUUCUCAUGGGAUAGGGAGAGAUAGCGUUCGUGAAAAACAACUCGAAUAGAAGUAUAGAGCUCUAAUAGGAAAAAGAAAAGUGUCACAUGUGAAGAUGUUUAUUAUUUGUCCAGAAAUGAAGAGAUAGUUUUUGGGAAUACAAACGCUUAAAGGAAUGGCACAGGCUAGACAAUUGACUUCUUGAAGGAAAAGUGAGAUUCAAUGUAGGUAGUCUGAAAAGAAAAAGAUCGUUUUGAGCAUGGACUUUUAUUUUGUAGAGCUGAGUUGAAAUAUUAGUGAUAAGAAAUAUUUUUCAAAACAAAGUUCUGAAUCUUUUUUUGUUCACUCUAUCCACAGGAAUGCGAAAGACAAGACAACUAAGAAAUCAAAGUCUGAGCUGUCAAAAUCGAAAAUGGAAUCAGAAAGAAACCGUAAAGAUAAAGAGGACCUGAUAUCGAUAAAAAUUAAAGACGAGCUGUCGAAAAUGAAAGCAGAGUUGGAGAAAACCCGACGAGAGAAAGAAGAAUUGAGUCAAACCUUGGCUGCCAUGGAUCGCACUGAGGAUUUCAUGGAAGCAAGGUCGAGUACUAUGCGAGACGAUCAACCCAGUGGCAAUGAUACAUUGCUUAUGCGAAUCAACAACAUGUCUUUAGGCAGUCUAAACAUUCCGGAGUGUGUGCCGACUAUGGGUGAUACCGAGCUCAACAAAAGAGUCUACGAUCAUUGGAAAAACGUCUUCAACGCUUCGAUGAAUCUGAUUCAGGCAACGGAUGAGUCUACAAAAAGCGAUCUAUUCAGGAUAAAAGCAGGACCAUGGCUGCUUGAAUUGCUAGAUGGAACGACUACGCAGACAGGAAUGCCAGAUGAAAGAACGUUCCCGUACUCGAACUAUAUUGCCCGUUUAGACGGUUACUUUAGUUCCAGAGCGUACAUAUUGUCUCAGCGCAGCAAAUUAGCCAACAUGGUGCAGAAAAAGGGCGAAGCGAACAUCGAAUACGUGAAAAGAGUAGCUGCUUCUUCGAAACUGUGCAACUACAAAACAGACGAGGAGUUUGAAGCUAUAUCUCGUACUGUCACCAGAGGAUCAACAGACAGUCGGGUGAGAACUCUGGCUUAUCGAGUGCUCACUGAUGGUGGAUCAAUCAACGAAUUGAUCGAUCAAGUCCGGAUCCGAGAAGUGGAGCUGGAAAAUGAGGAGGACUAUAGGAGACUGCAUCAUCAAAGAACUGCUACCGUUGCAGCAAUUUCUCGUCAACCAAGCGAAGGUAACUACCGUCGUGGUCAGUUCGACUCAGCUAGAAGAUAUUCUAGCAACCGUGGAGGUGGAAGAGAUGGGUCUAAUAGAGGACCAAUAAGAAAUUCAAGACAUUCUCAAGCUUGUUGGAGAUGCUGGAGCGCAUAUCACUCACCUGAAGACUGUUUUCAUCGUGAUAAAGUAUGCCGCAACUGUGAUCGCCGAGGUCACAUUGCGCGAGCGUGUCAGCAAGUUAAGCAAGAAACACAAAAACGCCGUUGGACGGGAGAGGAGAGCGAUCUUCCUUCCAAGGUUGCAGCAGUUCAGAAAGUGGAAGAUGACAAAGAACAGACACAGGUUGUCUGUUUACCACCAGAGGAGAAGGAGAACACGCCUGAAGUCAAAACACCAGACAAGAAAAUAUCUGAGAUAGACAAAGUUGAUACAUGCGUAUCUGACGAUAGCACAGCAUACGUGGCAGCAUAUGUGGCAGGGGUCAAGGUUACAUUUUUUAUUGAUUCUGGGGCUCAGGUCAACACUAUCACGCAAGAAUCGUUUGAUGAGAUUUUGCAAGACGAAACUGCUAGACAAUGCUUGGUUGAAUUAAGCUACGUGUCAGAUAAACCCCUUCGCGCGUAUGCAUCUGAAGAUAGCAUUGAGGUGGUAGCCACCUUUUCUGCGGAGCUUUUUGUCUCCGAUGAGAGACCCGUCACAGUUGAAAAAUUCUACGAAGUGCACGAGACAAGAGCUCUGCUAGGCUUCAAUACGGCUACCAGAUACAGCUUGCUGGCUGUCGGACUAGGAGUACAGACGGGAGGAACCAUGGAUCGUGCUUGGCCUUGCGAGUUUUCUGUGAAUAGCAUUCUAGCAGACAAAACAUCAGAAUUUCCAAAGUUCAAUAUACCACCAGUAACGUUGAGCUAUGAUAAAACGAUGCCGCCAUCAAGAAACGUUUACACGUAUAUUCCAGCCGCCUUCAAAGAGCUGACCUUGCGAAGAUUGACUGAGUUACAGGAAUCUGGAAUUAUCGAAAAAGUCACAACGGGCAUGGAUAGAAGUUUCUGUUCAUCAUUAUUAGUCAUUCCCAAAGGAAAAUCGGAUAUUCGUCUUGUUGUAGACUUGCGUGGGCCUAACAAGUGCAUACAUAGGACACCGUUUAAGAUGCCGACAAUGGAGUCGAUUUUGUUGGAGUUGCAUGGCGCUAAGUUUUUUUCAACAAUAGAUUUGACUAACGCCUUUUUUCACAUUGUGCUCGACGAGAAUUCGAGGCACCUCACAAACUUUUUUGCGGGCGAGUCACUCUACAGGUGUUGUAGAUUACCCUUCGGACUAACGAAUGCGCCAGAUAUUUUCCAGGAGGUAAUGCAGACAAUUGUGUUGGCUGGAUGCAAUGGAACUGUUAAUUACCAGGAUGAUGUUCUGGUCUUUGGCAGUACAAAAGAAGAGCACGAUCAGAACCUGCGGGAAGUAAUGAAAAGACUCGAUGAACACAAUAAGGUGGCACUGGCCAUGGUAUGGGGUGUCGAACGUUUUUCGGUCUACUUAUUGAGCAUAGAUUUUACAAUUAGAACGGAUGCAGAGUCAAACGAGUUUAUAUUCGGAGGACUUCACAGAAUCGGCAAGCGGGCAGUUUCUCGAGCCGAAGCAUGGGCGCUACGGUUGCAGCCAUAUAACUUCAAGGUGGCACGAGUGUCUGGAGAAAAGAACGUAGCUGAUGCGCUGUCGCGUUUAGUUGUAGAAACGCAGUCAGCCGAUUCUUUCGACGACGGCACCGAUAAGCAUCUCUUGUACCUAUUGGAUACUGGCAAGAUAGAAUUCACGUGGGACGAAAUAGAAAGUGAAGCGGAAAAAGACAGUGAACUGGUAGAAGUGUGUGAGGCAAUUAAAACAGGACAUUGGGAUAAGCAUCUAAAAAGAUACGAAUCAGAAUCAAAAAGUCUAAGAGUUCUUGGAGCCUUAGUAUUCAAUAGAGAUCGUGUAAUUCUGCCUCAUGCAUUACGCAAAAAAGCACUUGUUUCAGCUCACCAAGGACACAUGGGGGCAGCCUCCAUGAAGAAAAUUUUGCGAAACUACUUUUGGUGGCCAGGAAUGGCCAAACAAGUUGAAGUUUUUGUUCAAAAUUGUGAAACAUGUAUUCGAAUGUCACGAAAAAAUCCACCGAUUCCUCUGACAAGCAGAAUAUUACCGGAUGGGCCAUGGGAAGUGCUCCAAGUAGACUUUUUCUCCUUCAAGGACUGCGGAUCAGGAGAGUUUCUAGUAGUGGUUGACACCUACUCAAGGUAUUUGCACGUUGUUGAAGUAAGAACCACUGAUGCGAACUGCACGAAUGAAGCGUUAUGUCGAAUUUUUGAGGUAUGGGGAUAUCCCUUGACGAUUUGCAGUGACAACGGUCCACCAUUCCAAGGUGACACUUUCGUAAAGACUUGGGAAGAUCGAGGUGUGAAAAUUCAAAAAUCAAUACCGUUGAGCGCACAGUCAAAUGGAGCCGUAGAACGGCAGAAUAAGGGACUGAAAGAUGUUCUAACCGCAGCAAAACUCGACAAAAUUAAUUGGAAAUUAGCAUUGGAGAAAUAUCUUCAUAUGCACAAUAAAGUGCGACCGCUUUCUAGAUUGGGUGUGACGCCGUUUAAGCUGUUGGUCGGCUGGCGUUUCCGAGGCACGUUUCCGUUUUUGUGGGAAACAAUUUCACCGCAAGAUAUUGACAGAACCGAUAUUCGAGAAAAGGAUGCCGCAUCGAAACUUGACAGCAAAAUUUAUGCCGACAGAGUUAGAGGAGCAGUGAACUCGGAUAUCACAGUAGGAGAUAAUGGAUAG